AUGGCAUUCCUGUGGAUUCAGCCUGCAUCUCUUUCUGCCCUGCGUCAGUUCCAUACUUUCUACCAGUCUGCGGAGCUGCCGGAGACCCACCAGAUGCUGCGUCAGACCUGCCGAGACUUUGCCGAGAAGGAGCUGGUUCCCAUCGCGGCCCAGGCGGACAAGGAACAUCGCUUCCCAGCGGCUCAGGUGAAGAAAAUGGGCGAGCUUGGGCUUCUGGCCAUGGAUGUCCCUACUGAACUAGGCGGUGCUGGCCUCGAUUACCUGGCCUAUGCCAUUGCCAUGGAGGAGAUCAGCCGGGGCUGUGCCGCCACUGGAGUCAUCAUGAGUGUCAACAAUUCCCUCUACCUGGGGCCCAUCCUGAAGUUUGGCUCCAAAGAGCAGAAGGCACAGUGGAUCACUCCUUUCACCAAUGGUGACAAAAUCGGCUGCUUUGCCCUCAGUGAGCCAGGGAAUGGCAGCGACGCUGGAGCCGCCUCUACCACUGCCCGGGCAGAGGGUGAUUCCUGGGUCCUGAAUGGCACCAAAGCUUGGAUCACCAACUCCUGGGAGGCCUCAGCCACCGUGGUCUUUGCCAGCACAGACAGAUCCUUGAAGAACAAGGGCAUCAGUGCCUUCCUGGUUCCCAUGCCGACGCCUGGGCUCACGCUGGGGAAGAAGGAAGACAAGCUGGGCAUCCGGGGGUCAUCCACAGCCAACCUCAUCUUCGAGGACUGUCGUAUCCCCAAGGACAACCUGCUGGGGGAGCCAGGGAUGGGUUUCAAGAUAGCCAUGCAAACUCUGGACAUGGGCCGCAUUGGCAUCGCCUCCCAGGCUCUGGGCAUCGCCCAGGCUGCCCUCGAUUGUGCUGUGACCUAUGCUGAGAAUCGCAAGGCCUUCGGGGCGCCCCUCACCAAGCUCCAGAGCAUCCAGUUCAAGUUGGCGGACAUGGCCUUGGCCCUGGAGAGUGCCCGGCUGCUGACAUGGCGUGCUGCCGUUCUGAAGGAUAAGAAGAAACCGUUCAUCAAGGAGGCAGCAAUGGCCAAGCUGGCAGCAUCAGAGGCUGCAACUGCCAUCAGCCACCAGGCCAUCCAGAUCCUCGGUGGCAUGGGCUACGUGACAGAGAUGCCAGCUGAGCGGCACUACCGCGAUGCCCGCAUCACUGAGAUUUACGAAGGCACCAGUGAGAUCCAGAGGCUGGUGAUUGCUGGGCACCUGCUCAAGAGUUACCGGAGCUGAGCGCGUCUGGGGCUGGUCUGCACCCCAUCCAGGAGCUGGGCUGGCAAGAGCAUUGAGGGAAAAGGGACGGGAGCCUUGUGACCUUAACCCUGACUCCCAGUCAGAGGCGGGUGGCCAGCGGGGCCGUCCCUCCUCUGUCAGGACCCCCAGCCUCCGUCUUGUGGUCUGGACUGGCUGGAAGGGGCUCUCGGUGCCCUCACCUCUGCCACCCUGGCCCAGUGCCUGGGAGGAAGGCCCUGGGAGGAGGACAGUGCCGGAGGACACCUGUCCAGCUCAGUCCCUGACAUGACUCCCUUUUCACCACUGUGCCUUACUUUCUUCAUCAGGGUGGAGGCCAGACUAAGUGGUCAGAUGGGGACGCCCCAGUCAGGGGUCAAAGGAGUGGGGCCAGAAGGGCCAGGCCCCAAAGUAGUGGCAGUUUUCAGCCUCCAGAGACCCUGGUUUGGGGAAGGCCGUGGACCUUAGUCAUUCUGGAAGCUUCCUGAACCUUAUUUGUCAAGUACAAUUCCAGCAGGUGGGUGGUCUGAUAGGGUGGAACUGGCUGUAAUAAAGUUCAUCUGUGUCCUGA